AUAUAAAAAAAUAAGAAAAAAAAUUAAAAAGGUUUUUCACCAAAGAGAGCCGUAAUUAAUAAUUAUUGAAAAAGGAAAACAAUAAGUUGUAAUUUAAUGCUGAAAGGGAAUAACGUGUUAUGGCUUUUCGUUCAGGUGAUAUGAUAGAACUUGUUUUGUUAAAAACAAAAAGGAUUUCUUUAUUUGACCCGAUUCCGCGUUUGGUUGGAUCUAAUCUCCGCGGUUCUUUCAUUGCGAAUUGUUUGAGAUUUUACAUUCCCAAAGCUUUUCAAAUCCAUCGUUGGGACCUUGAGCGAUUGGAUUUUGUCGGAUAAAGGUUGAAUUGCACCAAGGGGUUGUGAAGCACAUAUUUUGAGCGAAAUCAGCUAUGCAGAGCCAGCUUGUGUGUAAUGGGUGUAGGAGCCUUCUUCUUUAUCCCAGGGGCGCUACAAAUGUUUGUUGUGCAUUAUGCAACACGCUUACCUCAGUUCCCCCUCCUGGGAUGGAAAUGGCGCAACUUGUAUGCGGAGGCUGCAGGACUUUAUUAAUGUAUACACGUGGGGCAACAAGUGUGCGAUGCUCUUGCUGUCAUACAAUGAACCUUGCUUCAGCAUCCAAUCAGUUUGCCCAAGUCAACUGCGGGAACUGUCGGACAAUGCUUAUGUAUCCAUAUGGAGCCCCAUCAGUCAAAUGUGCAGUAUGUCACCAUGUUACCAAUGUUGGGGCAAUUCCAGGGUUCCAAUUCCAGUGCACAGACCUGGUGGGACAGCUAAUUCUGGAGCAGCUCCUCCUACUUCGGCUUCCGUGCCUCAUUCUCAAAGCCGAACGGUUGUUGUUGAGAAUCCUAUGUCAGUUGACGAAAGUGGCAAAUUGGUGAGCAAUGUUGUCGUUGGUGUCACAAUAGGAAAGAAAUGACGAGAUCAGAAACCGAGAACAAUCUGCUGGUAGAUUUAUUCGACACGGAGCAAUCCAUUCCAAAUCCUUCUUUUAAAUCACUUGAUUUAUAUACAUGGAAAUUGGUUGUGUAUAUUUUGUGGGAGAUGACACUGUCGUUUGUCAAAGAAAACUAUUUCCAGAUUUGUGAGGUUUCAGUGAAACUGUAAUUGUGAUGUAUUAAUUAAAAGGUGGGAGAUGGAAAGGGCUAUCCUUUGUUGUCUCGUUGAUUUAUAUACACUCAAGUAUUGUUUUGAAACAGUACAUAUUGAUCAUAGCUUAUCAGUGAAAUUGCACGAUAAUAAAUUCCAAACAAAAUUGUUGGUCUAGCAA